AUGGGCGCCGCCUUUUCCAUGUCGAGCCUUUUUGGCAAACUGUUCGGGUCCAAGGAAGUGCGCAUUCUCAUGCUGGGUCUCGAUGCCGCUGGCAAGACCACCAUUCUCUACAAGCUCAAGCUCAACCAGACCAUGACCACCAUCCCCACAGUCGGCUUCAACGUGGAGACCUUUACCUACAAAAACAUCAAGUUCAACAUGUGGGACGUUGGUGGCCAGGACAAGAUUAGGCCUUUGUGGAGGCAUUACUACAGCGGUACCCAGGGUCUGGUGUUCGUGGUAGACUCGUCAGAUCACGCUCGUAUCGACGAGGCGAGGACAGAACUCCAUCGCAUUAUUAACGAUCGUGAAAUGGCGGAUUGCUUGCUCCUGGUGUUUGCCAACAAGCAGGAUGUUGACGGUGCCAUGAAACCUAAUGAAGUUACCGAGAAGCUCCAGCUCGCCAAACUCAAGGACAAGCUCUGGUUCGUGCAGCCUGCCAUUGCCAUCGAUGGCGAGGGCUUGACCGAGGGCUUCGGCUGGUUAUCGGAUAAUAUCAAGAAGAUGCCCAAGUAUGGCGGGAAAUGA